CUCUUGUUAGGCCGUUCAAGGUCGCUAAACAGAACGGCGGGUAGCUUCGAAAGGCUCUGACGUUUUUACCUGUUUCUCCUUCGUCAUGUCUUUCAACUUUUCGGGAAUUAAGAAAGCACUGUUUGGAGAUAAUAAGCCUCGACCAAAACUUGGGUCUCUCGAUAUAGAGGGUGUGACACAAUUAAUCCAGGAUGGUCAAGUCAACAAAAUAAUAACUAUGGUUGGUGCUGGCGUGUCAACAGCUGCUGGAAUACCUGAUUUUCGAAGCCCAUCUUCUGGCAUAUACGACAACUUGGGAGAUUUUAACUUGCCCACUCCGGACGCAAUAUUCUCGAUUGAUUACUUCCGAGACGAUCCUAGACCUUUCUUUGAGAUUGCAAGGCGUUUGUAUCGACCAGAAGCAAAGCCUACAUUGGCUCAUUGUUUUAUCAGGCUACUUCAUGACAAAGGCUUACUUCUUAGGCAUUAUACACAGAACUGUGAUAGUUUGGAACGCUUAUCUGGUUUACCAGAGGAGAAAUUGGUUGAAGCCCAUGGAACAUUUCACACAGGACACUGUAUUAAGUGCAAGAAACUGCAUGAUUUCGAGUUUAUGCUAAAUGAAAUUUUAGCCAAAAGAGUGCCUAAGUGUCUUAAAUGCAAACACGUCGUCAAACCUGAUGUUGUACUUUUUGGAGAGAGUAUGCCGAAGAAAUUUUUCAAGAACCUUUCUUCGAUAAUCACACACUCCACUGUGACUGCGCGAAGAUCGAAAUAAAGACCUAUUCACUACUUCUCUGGUUUCUUCUAUCAAUAGCACGAGGGUUACCUUAAGGCACGAAACUGAAUACCAAUCCUUUCUGGAGGCCAAUCACUUACGUGGAACCGAACAAUUAUAAAUUAUAUUUUUGUAUUUCCAUUUUGUAUCUUAUUAUUUUUAUGCAGUCAGUGGAGCAGUUCUUCAGGUGUGAUUGGUUUUCACCAUUACCUUUGAAGUAGAUUCUUCUUUACUUUUUACUUGAGGGCGACUAAAGAGGCAGGUGAGUAAACACCUGAUAGCCGGUCUGAGCAUGGAAAAAUCGUACCUCACCAACAUGGUGUUGGGUAGCCCGCUCGCGGCACUUCCUCAGAUAUUCUUAUUCCACAUUCUCACACUCUUUCUCUUGAAGGCACGCAGUAAACCGUCAGCGAUAGUUGUAGAAUAGAUCACAUGCUAAAAAUAAGAUGACAAGCUAGUAAAUGAAGAGACAUCCAUGGACUAUCGUUGACAGCGUCAGUCGUCACUGAUUGUAAGUCAAACAGUGAGCGAGUUGAUAAUUUUCCGUUGGGAUGAGGAAUAGAACUAAGGUGAUUUCGAUAGAUAGGUUGAUCGAACCGACGUUCAUACGGAAGUCGAUUCUAGGGGGAAGCUAAUGUAACAGCUUAGGUUGGUUGGUUAAGAGUUGACCCCAAACAACCAAGCAUAUACCAAGACAGUAUUGUUCAAGUAUUCAUUCACUUCCUUAUUGUUUAUAAGCGUUAUAUUCCCUAUUAUCUUAUGUUGAAUGUUGAGAGCCUUUGUUUGUCCCAACAGAUAAUCACACACUCCACUGUGAC